AUGGGUUUUUCUCAAUUUGAACUUAAUGAUUAUUUUACUGGUUCUGCUUUUUUAGCUUGGCUUCGCAUGGAUAAUCUUCAAAAACAUGCUGCUCCUUUAUCAAACAGUUGGCAUCAAUUACAAUUUCAACUUGUAAAACAGACUAUUCAACGAAUGACAGAUAUUGGAAUUACACCAACAAUUAAUUUGCUCAAUUUAAUUUCUCAUUAUUAUGCUUGUGAUCUAUUUAAUGAAAUGACACCACCGAUUAGUGAUCUUGAGUAUUUGACUGAUGUUAAUGUAGGUAUAUUUCAAAUUAUGCAAACAGUUGAUUCAAAAGCUGUUUGGGUAAUGCAAGCUUGUUUAUUUCUUUCAAGUUUUUGGACAAUUGAUCGUGUAAGAAAUUAUCUUAGUAAAGUUCCAAUAGGUCGUUUAAUUCUUCUCGAUUUAUAUUCUGAAACUCUUCCACAAUAUUUACUUUUUGAAUCGUUUUAUGGACAUUAUUAUAUAUGA